GCGCUUGUUAUUCUUCGUGGAGGUUUCAUUGGGCUUUUAAAGUGUUUACAGCGGAGACACAUUUUGCUAAUUUCGACAAAAUGUCUUUCAACGACGACGAUUCCUCCGAGCUCGGACUGUCCCCUCAGUCGAAGUUGGAGAGCUUCCUGUUCAGCUGCGAGCUGUCCUCUAAAGUCCCUUUCUACACUUUCCAAGGAGAUGAAGAGGAAGACCUGGAGCACUUUCUUGAACUCAGAACAGUUUGUCUGGGUGAGGGUGCGAAGGAGGAGACUAAUGUGGUGGAGGUAACGGCCAUGAACCACCAAGGAAAGACCAUCUCAGUUCCCAUCGCCAACCUCCACAUGAGCUGUCUGCCCAUGGUGAGUCUGGGAGAGUUUGAGCUGAAGGCCCCGGUGACCAUUCGGCUCAAGGCGGGGACAGGACCAGUGACUGUCAGUGGGUUACACCUCAUAGCCUCGCAGGUUGAGGAGUCGGACCUGUCUGAUGAGGAUGACGACGACGACGACGAGGAGGAGGAAGAGGAGGAGAUCACCCCCAUUAAACCAGCAAAAAAGAAGCAGAAGCAGUAGACAGAGAGGUCGCUGAAGGGGCCUCACUCACUCGCUCCAUAUGUUUUAAGAAAUAACAGGUUUUUGUACCAGACGGACACAUUUUACAAAUUUAAUACUUCUUCCACACAGCCAAGUGAAUGCUUAGUGUGGUGGCAGCUGAACACACCGCCUGUAGGAGGAAGGAACAUCAUUACGGGGCUCUGAUAGUCUCUCUCCAUUCGUCGGUUUCUCACUGGUCUCAGCAGCAGUGUUUAACUUCACUUAUAGAAGAACUGUUUUUGCUAUUAAAUGCUACCCAGUGUUUUUAUACUGUAUGUGAUGCAGUCACCACUGACAUGGAUUUUCUGCACCAGUGGUGGAAAAAAAAAUGUGUUGUUUACCACCAGUGGAUCCAGGUAUUGUUUGAAGAGGCGGUUCUUGUAAAAGUAAAAACAUGGUGUGUGAGUGCGUGUGUGUGCGCGUGCGUGUGUGUGUGUAGGUUUCCAGUUAAAUUCCAGCUAAAUGGUGCGACCAGAGGAUUUACAUACAUACAGUUUAUUAAAUGUUCUUGGUUAAGGGUAUCUCCAUUUCCAGUUGUUUGUAGUUCCAAAAUACUGUUUUUCUAUGUGAUAUGUUGAUCAUAAAUGUGAAGAUUUUGUACUUACAGUGAAUGCAUCAAG